AUGGAGCAUCAGGUAGACAACCUGCUGGAUAAAAUCAUGGAUGUACCAGGCAACAUUGGGUGUCUGUUGGCGAACAACCAAGGACUAUGCCUAGGAGCAAAAGGUACCGCAUCGGAACAAUCGGCUGGCAUAAUCGUUGCCAUAUCAGAUUUAGCCUCGAAGCUAGAUCCUGCCAGCGGUAGUCCUGUAAUUUCACUAGAAUCAAACGACAAAAUUUGUAUGAUUCACAAACACGGAAUCACUGGGGCAAUUUACAAGCAAAAAGGAACCUAGAUAGAAUCUUGCUUUGGUCGUAAUAAAUAAAUGCUAUUUGUUUAAA